AUGAACGCACUUCCUGCCCACCUGGCAAGUUUCCUUACAAAGAAUGUACACAUGAACAAGGAGCCAUGGGUUACUUUGACAUUUGCACAAUCGAAAGACGGCAAGAUUGCGGGCCCGAACCGCCAACCACUGCGGUUGAGUGGAGACGAAACGAUGGCCAUGACGCACGAUGGCACACUGCUUAUGGAUGAUCCAAAGUUAAAUGAGCGCUCGCCGCGCCCGGUCGUCCUUGACUUGAACUUGCGCACGCCCCCCACCGCACGACUGCUUACCCAUGCAAAUGAUAGCUCUGGGGUUAAGCCGCUUGUGUUCACCGCGCAUCCCAUGCAUGCGUCGGAGCUGACCGAGUGGGGGUUGCGGCGCCAUAAUCUUGAGCGGGCCGGAGCACAAAUUCGACUGCUGGAGUCAGAUGAGCACGGCGUGUUUACCUGGGAGACAAUUUUUAACCAGCUUAGGCAGGAGGAAAUUACGUCUGUAAUGAUCGAGGGCGGCGCGAACGUGAUUGACUCGUGCCUUGCUGCGCACAGCAAGACGCCGUUCCUGAAUGCUGUCAUUGUCACAGUCGCGCCUGCAAAAGUGGGCCAUGACGGCUAUGGAUACACGACGCCAUUGCCAUUGCAAGGCGGCGAGAAGAGCGGGCUGUAUUUUGCGGAAGCGCUUGAGGUUGGGCCGGAUACAGUGGUUGCAAUGCAUCCGUAA